UUGAAUCAAGUUGAAUGUUGAUAAACGUAGCAUACGAUAUUGAGUGCCGGUAACUAAGGAUUAAAACCAAGUAUAUGUGUUCCACAAUAAUUACACGCCAUUUAAAACAGAAGAUAUAAUUAAACUUGAUGCCAUUUGAAAACAUGGCGCCAUUGCUGAUAGAAGGCAACACUUUAGGACAAAAAUAUAAGAACUACAACAAACUAGUAAAAGAAACGAAACAAGAACAAAUUGCAGAUAUUGAUUACGAAGAACCUGAUUUGAGUAACCUCUUAAAAAUCGACAUAGCCAUCAAAAACAGGAAUGUUAACUACAUUCUCAAAGUGUUUCAAUGUGAUGAUAUGCUCUACGUGUCGCGAGCUAUCAAACGAUCCACGUGGCUCGUGACCGAACCACAAUAUGCUCACGUCAUCAACCCCACAUACCUGUACAACGAGCUGUCUCCGAACAUGACGGCGAGAGGUUUCAACAAACUCAUUCUUCAUAUAAGAAUUCAUCUGAAAGAUGAGAAGCGCGUCGAAGAAUUCUUCAACUAUUAUAUAGAAAGAGAUUUAAAAGUAGCUUUCAAGUGGUUGCCGAAUUGUUCUAUACAAUUAAUAGAAAAUAUUAUACAGAAACAUGCAGACGACAUUCCGAGACGUCUGCUUGUAAGGCUAUGCGAGAGAUCUAUAACGUGUCUGUAUAAGUACAUGCACGGUGUGACGUCUUAUUACAAACGCGACACGCUGGCGUCGACGAUGUUCCUUUUAAAAAAUAACAUGGAGAAAUACUUGGACAUUGUCGAAGCGUGUGAGAGCUAUGACGUUCCCAGGUUUGGACACAAGUCUACGAAGUUGAUCAUGAAGAGAUGUAACGAGAGAGUUAUGAAGAACCUCGAUAAGUAUGCUGCGUACGUCCACAUACCGACGUUCGCGAAGUUUAUUAAACCGGAAGACAUCAAAGAUUUCAUAAUGAAGAAUGUCAAAAAUGAAAAGAUGCGUUCGUGGUUCUCAUAUAACAAAAUAAAACCCUUCGUUCAACGUCUACCCGUAGAGAGUAGAUUCGAGUUUGUUAAAGAAAUAUUUAUUGACAAAAAACAGGAAGACUUAGAAGACGAUAUCGUCGCGUACUGUGGUGAAAAUUUCAAAUGUAAGGACUCCUCGUCACAGCAUAUAUACCGCUGGUACACGUACGCGCCCUUCAACACUGCCUUUGCGGAUUUGAAGAAAGUAAUCCGAACUGAAUCUAACCCUACAGAGAGAACGGCCAUGUAUGGAGUAAUGCUAACAUGUGCUGGAAAGGAUAUGAAGAACAUUCACUCGCUGCUGAAAUACUAUCGCGAGAAUCACAUCAAUGAGCCAUUUAAAUUCAAAAUACAAUUUGUGAAUCUUGUGAUUAGUUACACGAACACGCACAACUUCGAUAAGGAGACUUGGGGAUACUUAAACGACUUGUUUAGUAGCAUGGAAGUGUACAGUGAGUCAGAUAAGCUCGUUCAGAACUGCGUGAGGUCCAUAAUACUGUACAGAGUCACCCACGACGAGAGCGUUCCUGACAUUAUCGAGAAGAAGUUUCUGUUCGACACUUUCAAGAGCCAUCAGGAGAAAUUAAUGGGAGAACAAAAAGAAAAGGUUUUUCUAUAUUUAUAUAAUUAUUUACAAUCAAAUAUCGACAAUUGCAAAAUAAAAAACAAAAAGGAACUCACCAAGGCAGUGGAACUAUUGACAAAUAUUUUAAAUCUUCUCGUCGAUUGGAAGAAGGAACUUAAAGAAUUUCCAACGAUUUUGAAUAAAAUAAAAGAAAUAAUUCAAAUCAACAAAACGAAUAAAUGGGAUGUAGAUAUAUCGGUGUUGUACAACGUUAAAAAAACGUGGAAGAAACUUUUAUUUGCAGAGUCGAUUAUUUUGAGUCCUUCUCAAGAAGCGUGCAUUAACGCGUUGAAGCACGGCCCAGAGCUAUUGGAGUCGUACAAGGCGGAAGUGGAAUCCCUUUGUCUGAACGACAAUAUACUGGUAGAUCAAUUCCUUAAAAAAGUUCGCGUUUUUUGGUCUCAUUCUUUAGCUAACAGCUAUAAAGAGUUGUUUGUGGACAAAUUGGACCAAAAAAAUACACACAAGGCCGUAGUUAUUGGACUAUGUAUAUUACUUCCGAAAAACGAACUCUCGAAUUUAAUUCAAAAACAUGUGCCAAGCGACACAAAAAUUGAUUGGACUCAACCUGACGACUUUGAGCUCAGUCUUCGCAAGCACAUUGCAUCUAACCUGCAUAAGGCGAGGCCUCAACCGUCACCUGCCGCAAUUCUAUUGUAUGCCAAAGGAGAUUAUCUUCAGUUUUCUCUGCCCUCAUUAAAUGCGAUCUUUCACAACAUGAGUUCCAAACAUACCCGCGAACAUCUGCCUGAGCUCCUAAAUUCGCCGGUGUCUUUACAGAAACACGGUAUCCGCGUUGCGUUUGCGAAACUCAAACACGACGAACUGAAGAAAUUGUUUUCUGAUAUUUGGAAAACUAAUAAAAAUAGCAGCAUUCGAGCGGCUGUCUUUAACCAAACUUUAGACUUUCUUUGUAAAGAAAAAGAUCCAACGGCUAUUGGAGAGAUAUGGGAGCUACUGAGUCUGUUCAUCGACAACUUGACGGCGGAAGAGAGUAAAAGUAUAUACACGAAGCUUAGCAAAGUCGAAAGAGUACCGAUGAGCGUGAGACCGGAGUUUUGGAUGAAGAGCUACAGAUUUCUGAAAUCAUUGCCUCCGAAAGACAACUGCGAUAGCCUGCUGAAAUAUUUAAGAAACAAAAUGAGCGACGUCAUGGAGUUUCUCGACAAUGACUUGAUCGCUGAAAUAUUUCUAGAGUCGUUCGAUGAAAACUUCAGCACAAAACAAUAUGAAUUUCAAUUUUUGGUUGCCGUAUUCUUACUCUCCACGAAAACAGAGGAAGCACAAAUCGCGCGCUAUCGCAAAGUAUUUGUUCCAAUAUUGGAACGUUCGCUUGCGAUGUGGAACAAAACUCACGAAGGUGUUUACAACGUGAAGUGCAAUCUAAAAGAAAUAUUAAUGAAUCUGGAUAACCAAUUCGAGGAUUUAGUUGGACGUAAGAAAAUGUUCCUGCCCACUUCAAUAUACACGGAUAUAUUCGAACGACUUCGUAAGAAUUUAUCAAUUACAGAGAAUUAUGUUAUGAUAACGACACGCCAACUGGCAUUAGACUAUGUACAAUUAUAUGACGAGCAGAUGAAAUUAGCUGAGACAUUUAUACCAAAUGAAGGAGACGGUGAUGACCAAGACGAUAGUGCUAAAAUCAAAUCAGUUAACAAGGCAAUCGCCCAGAAACUGGGCGCGCUCUGUGUAAAGUACUUAAAGGAAGAUGUUUCAAACAAUUUCCCAUCCAUUUAUAUACUUUUCGCUGAAGCGUUUCAUAAUAUAUUUAACAAUUUUAAUUUCAAUGAUACAAACAAAAUGAUUGCUCUAAAAGUUUUUCUAGAUUUCAAAGAUUUCAUUCCGGGCCACCUGUUCGUGCUCCAAUCUCUACCGAAGUACAUUUACGAUGACGACGAGAAAGCCUUGAAAUCUGAAUUACUGAAGGACAUACAGAACCACAGAUCUGUGGAAAUUAAAAUGCAUUACUGGUACAAGCAGUGAUAACUUAUGUUUAAUAUUGCGUUAUUGUUGUGUUCCGGUUUGAAAGGUGAGUGAGCCAGUGUAAUUACAGGCACAAGGCACAUAAAAUCUUAGUUCCCAAGGUUGGUCGCGCAUUGGCUAUAUAAGCGAUGGUUGACAUUUCUUACAAUGCCAAUGUCUAAGGGCGUUUGGUGACCACUUACCAUCAGGUGGCCCAUAUGCUCUUCCGCCUUCAUAUUCUAUAAAAAAAAAAACUGAGAGGGUGAACAAUAUUUGGGCUGAUAAAAAAAUGUUCAGUCCUAAUAAUCUGUUACCUCCGAAUGAAAUGUUUUUAAUAUAAAUAAACGCUUUAUACUGCAAAAGGUGCACUCAAAUAUUUUGUUUAUAUUUAUUAAACUGUACAUUAUUUACUUCUGUUGCCGUAUUGUUUUUAUGUUUAUUAUUUUUUUAAAUGUGACAUUUUUUUACAAAUAAAACUAGAGAAGAAAUCUUUUUUUAUCAUCUAUUUUUUAACAAAUGAGUGUCGAUAUAUAUAAUUAAUGAUUUGUUUAUCAAACCUUUGACAAACAGUUUUCAUACAUAUGUAGAUAAUGUGCUAAACAAGCAAAAACGCUGUAAUGUCAAAUUAGUUGAGCCAAUGUAACAAAUUAAUUUAAAAACCUACGUGUUAUCACUACAUACUUGUUUUUUUUAAUUUCUUUUUUAGCAGCUUCUAUGGAAAAUAAACACUAGUUUUUGAAAAA